AUGAACGCAGAAGAUUUAGCAGCGCGCGGCUUUCCAGAUACCAACUGGGCCGAUUACAACCUUGACGAGCUUGAUACCUGUUUGUCGGACCUUCGCUCUUCUCGCCAAGUCCACAAUCUACACCUUGUUUACGUCAAGCCAACGAACUUGCAGCCUAUCAACAUCCUUAUUAUCUGGAUUAGCGGCUCCAGCGACGAACGCUCCCAAGCCACGGUGACUCGUACAUUGUCAUUCCUGACUCUCCUCAUUGGAGCGACAAGCUCCGGCACGUUCGCCGAUUUGGAGAGUCUAUGUGAUAUCAUCGGCUUUUAUACUCAGCUGGAAGGCGCGGCUCUCAAGCUUAGAUCAAACGAGACCCGCGCAUUUGAUUACUCGCUGGUUUACGACGACUGCAAGUCUAUUUUCAAGGGGAAGAUAUCCUCUUGCCAGAUCAGGCGCCCCGACGGUGAGGGUGGUGAUGACUGCUUUACAGAGGAGUGGAUCAAGGUGAGCCAGGCGGGGAGUCUGAAGUAUGGCUACAGCUAUACUCAGUUUUAUUAG